AUGGGCAUCCUUGAUAUGAGCAACCUUAAUGAUGAGGAGGUGAGAAGCGCAUUAUUACUUAUUAAGAGUACUAAGCUGCUACACCCGUCGGGCUCAUUACUUGAAUCAUUUGUCUCUUCGGCACUCUACCCCGAAUUGGCUGCAAGAUAUGUGAAGAAGAGGUUAGAGCUCGGCGAGGCUUCUUCACUAGUGGAUGAUUGGCUUUACAUCGUCGAGUCUAUUGCCAAAAAUGGCAGCGCUCCACCACGGCCUAGUGUCGCCGAAAGACAUGCUAUUACAAGACGAGACGGCGGAAAGUGUUGCGUGACUGGAAAGGCUGCCUCGCUGCGUGAUCCUCUUGUUGUCGUUCCGAUUCUCCCGGUUCCAACUGGCUGGGAUACAGAAAAGGCUGGCAUCACUGACAUGCUCGGUGCUUUCUUCGGAUUGUCGUAUCGGGAUUGGUGGUUAUCUUACAUUAGAAACCCUGAAGGCAAAUCGCCUUGUUAUAAUCACUGGCUAGUCCGAAGAUCUACAGCCAAAGCAUUUGCUUCGGGGAUUGUCAGGUUAAACAGGUUGCACCCAUCCAUGGUUGAAUAUGAACUCGAACAAGUCCCUAUCGGACCGGAGGAACCAAUUGAGGUCAACGGCAUACGUCCAUUACUGGGUGACCAUUCACGAUCGGGCAUUACUAAGGUUGACCCCCGCUUCGUAGGCUCCCAAGCUCGACUGUCCAAAAGUAUUCAAUAUCUUGGCCUCUACGAAAGACUUUCGUCAGAAACCCAACCUCAACCCUCAUGUCUAUCAAUAGACCAUCCAGCACAGCGAUCAAAUAUAACGCUGCAGAAUCGUUGGAAUCUGUUAGGUCUGUGCAUGGUCGCUUUUUUCACAGUCUGGCGCCUGGUACCCUCACAAGUCAGGAUAUUUUGCUAUAAGAUAUUGCUAAGGCUUGGAGAACGUCUAUACGGGAGUCCUGAUGACUAUCUCUCGAUCCAGAGAUUGCCAUUUGGGCUGUACUUGAAGUUGGACGUAGAUGAUGACUUCUCUCGCAACGAAUUCAAUGCGCUAGAGAUGGUCUACCGGCAUACCUCAAUCCCAGUUCCAAAAGCGCUUGACAUAGUUAUCGAUUCGUCGUCCUCUUGGACUCACAGAUCUUAUCUCCUUAUGAAGAGAGACCCCGGGUUUCCGUUAUCAAGCUGCCAAGAUGUCCUCUUCGAGAAAGAUAUGGAACGAAUUGCAAAUCAGCUCAAGGACUACAUAGACCAACUGAGAAAUAUUCCCCGGUCAACAAAAUCAGACAAACUAAUAUGCAACACUCUUGGCGAAACGUGCAGGGAUCCCCGCAUUCACUAUGCCGACUCUAUUGGGUCAUUCGCAGACGAAGCAGCAUUUAGUCGGAUGCUAAGAUUCUCAGACGACUCUGCUCGGCGUGGACAUAAGAUUGUAUUCACGCAUGCGGAUCUCACUUCGCACAAUAUAUUGAUUAACCAGAGUAUACAACCGGAUGGAAGCAUAGGUUGGGACGUGACGGGGAUUGUGAACUGGGAGUUUGCGGGGUACUACCCCGAGUAUUGGGAAUACACAAAGGCGAUACUUGGGGGUAGAUGGGCGCAAAGAUACAACGAUAUAGUACAUGGUGUAUUUAGAAAGGUUGGGGACUAUUCUCGAGAGCUUGAAGUUGAACAGAAGAGCUGGCAAAUGCUCAAGGGAUAGACCUUUCAUAUAGUUAUAAUUAUCAAGCAUGAAUAAUAUUCGGUGUUGGUUAAUGGUAUUGAUUUCAGGGAUUUGGGGGUUGUAAACAGAGCUCCCUUGUUGAUUUCCCGCCCUUGGGAAACUUAAGGGCUACCGCUUUCAACUCUUUCUUAACACAAGGCACCUAGGCCAGGUAUAUCUACUUGAUAUUUAGUCCAACUUAACAACUUUAUCGUCUUUCUCUUCCAUCAUGACUACUAUAAACAUACCCUUCAAAACAGUGGCGCCUUCAAAGCCGCACACUCAUACCGUCGUCUUUCUACACGGCC